AGGAGGGCACAAUGAAAUGAGGACAGAGAGAUGGACAGAGAGCAAUGAGUAAUGUAUGGAAUGUUGGAGUGGAGGGAGAAAGGCGCAGAACGGAGUGAUGCAGAUGAGGGCUGGACAUUCAUUCUGCUCACCAGAGACUGGGGUCAGCCGUGCACCAUGGACUCCUUCCAUCCUGCAGACCAACUGGAUUAUUCCCUCCACUGCACCCACUGUCUGUCCACAUUUUAUUACAGAUCCAGCCUCAAAACCAACUGAUCAAAUCCAGGAAACAACACCAGAAAACCACGAGGAUUUGUCCACCGACCCAGAACCAGAUACAAGCUCAGAUCCACUGUCGGACACAACUCGGGAUCCCCAGCAGGCAAUGACUGAAGACUAUGGUCAGGGUUUGACCAGUGACCCAGCAGGGUUUGCAAGCUCAGAUCCACCCUCCGUACCAACUGAUGAACCCCAGGAAACAACAUCUGAACCCCUGGAGGACUUGUCCACCACCCCAGAACAAGAUACAAGCUCAGUAUUGAAAGAAGUCACUUGGAGGCUGAAGUUGUUGAUGUGA